UUGUGUCUGGCUAAGCUUUGUCCCAAAACAACACAAAGAGAAACUAUGGAGGAUUGGAGCCAAUAUGAAAGUGUAACUUUCAUGAGAAGAAUUACAAAUCUAGCUGGGGAAUUUAAACCGUGAGAGAUGGACCUCUUAUGCUAUUUACGUUGAGAAACGUCUCAGAAGAUAAUGGAACAAGAUUGGAAUAUGAAAACAAAGGGAACCCACCAUUACAGGUAUCUGACACAAGGGCUACAAGGGCUGACAUGAUACACACACAGCUAAUGUCUUCUCUCCUGGACUCCUGUCUCUUUUUAAAGUGAGAUAUUACAUAAGAAUCCAUACUAUUGUUGUGUUUUCACUCGUUGUCGAAACGCUUUUCUGUGAAACCUGAAUUUGAUACACAGCAGUUCUUUUAGAUGUCUCAGUCACAUGAAACAAAAGACAAUCAGGCCUUGCUGCAGUCCAUGCUGCAGAAACUGAAGCUCCAGCCGGGAAAAGAGACCCAGGGAUACCCGCACACACCUGUACCCACCGCAGCUGCUUCGGCAUGGGGGCGAGAUGGAGAAAGAGGAGCCUCCAAUCUUCAGAAACUAAACAGCAGUCCUGUAAAUGGCUUUGCAUUUGGUACCAAUGGUAUCCCCUAUAAAGGGUUUGGGGUCUCUGCUGCGGAAAGUAAUUCAUGCCUCAGAAGUCCGGAAACACAACCACCAGGUCAUGGCUGUGAAGGGGACAGGGAUCUUAUUUCCUCCCACUCCCAGAAAGACACCAUUGAUGCUGACACGGGUGAGGAAAGGCGGUUGGGACCGGCCACUCCGCCUCCUAUCACCCCAACAGGAACCGGGCAGCUGUUUCCUGCUGAAUCACACAAAGAUGCUGCUAUCACUUCCUUUGAAAGGACUGAUGGGACGAGGGGGAGUUCUGGCGGUUCUGCAAUGAGCAGAGAAAACCCGAGAAAUAAUUAUGUCACAAGCAUGGGACAGAAUCAGAACCAGAACCAGGACCAGAGUUUUACGCCCAAAGUCUACAUGUGGUCUUUAAAGCCCAAAGAUGCAAAUCGUGCCACACAGAUUCAAGGGAAUGAAGCAUUGCAUGUGGGAAACAAAGGAUUUGGAGCUUUGGCAAACAGUGGGGGCAUGCAGAGUGUUGCGACAAACAGCAGCUCUAUACCAGAACAACUAUCUUCUGAGAGUAAAACGAGGAGAUGGACUCAGAAGAUCAAGGAGAGAUGGAAGGACAGGCCAGGGAGUUUUUACAAUAAAAGUACAAAAGGAGGAACAGUAGACCAGAAGAGUAAGCAUGGACCUGAAAUUUCACCUCAAAACCAGCUUUUGCCAGCAGAAAAUGUCAUCAACACAUCAAAUAAGGUGGAAGAAAGGCUCUUUCCUCCACUCGGCAGCAGUGAUACCAGUAAUACUCCGACUACAGACGGCACUAACGAAGGAUAUAUGAGACCAGCCAGCAGAGACUUUGAGUUCGGCCUGGGCUCCUUUAGCUUGCUGGAGGAGAUCAUCACGGGUCAAGAGUGGGCAAGGUUCCUAAACCCCAACGUACCAGCUGCCUCGGCCAAUCAGAGACCUUCAGAACCCAAAAUCCCACCAAAUUCUAAUGAUAGUGGUCAAUCAUCUGUGAUUUUGAAUCAACAAGGAGCUGUGAACAACCAGUGGGACUUUAAGGGAACAAAGACAUCCCCAGAUUUAGAUUUCAAAGGGGCCCAAAUACCGCCUGAAGCUUUCCAACCUGUCAGCAUGGACGUUUCAGAAGGAAAGCAAGCUGCAGUACGAGGCUUCUACAGUGAGGCCGAUCAAUCAGAACCAAUGGAGCAUGGACAAACCGGCAGACCCCAUUUGUUUGUAGAGCCUAAAAUUAUUUUGGAAAACUCAGCGCUGAAGAGCAGAAUCCACCUCAACAGGAAGAGACAGCAUCACUCAGCUCAUAGACACAAGGCGCUUUCCAUGGAGAUAAUAAGUGAUGGGAAACAGGCAGACAGAGAGGGAUUCAUAUCUUCACUGAGCCUCACACGCAACCACAUGAUGGAGGAGACAGGAGAGUCCCAGCGUAAUAACCUCAUGCCUUUACACAUCUUAAAAUCUCCUGACCCAUCUCUCUCUCCAUCUACUCCUUUUGCCCCUGCACCCAGGGGUGUCCUCAAACACAGCAUAUCCCAGGAUUCACAGUCCUCAAUGGAAACUGUGACAAAAAGGAGACGAGUUGAGGAGAAUCGGAGGGUUCAUUUCUCAGAGGAGGUGGUUGCCAUAGCGCCUCCAGAGCCACAGUCGUACGCUACAGACUCAGAGGAGGAUUCGGAAGAAGAGGAGGACUCUGUGGCAGAGCAGGAGUGUGAGGAGGAGCAGACAGCCAGAGAGGAGGUGGCAGCACCAGCACGCCGGCCUGCUCUCCCUGCCUGGAUACAGGCUCUGAAGAGGAGGAACACGCGGAGGAAGCGCAGAUAGAGACUGCACAACUGCAACUGUUUUUGGUUCUUUCUGGAUACUUGAAGCACAUCUGUGUCUUAUUGCUCCUCCUCCGUCUCCAGACCACCGACGUUCAAAUGAUAAUUGCUCAAGUGUUGAGAGUAUUUCAAACCUUUGCAUCUAGAGCCAGAAUUGUUUCCCACCAACGUUUUUUGGUGUCCAUACUCUCCUCUUUGUCUGUCUAUGCAGACUGGAUCAUACAUUACAUAAUGUCAAUUUGGAUAAUCUAAGUAUAUUAAGUGUUUAGUCGAUUUGGUUACUGGAGUAAAUACUCUUCCGCCAGCUUUUAUCAGAAAUGCUGGGCGGCUCCUCCUCCCCCUCCUUCCAUGUCACACUGGCCAGCAGCAGACUGUCUCUCAGUAAUGGCUCCCUGUCCAGCCAUCAACUAACCCCAGAGGAGGAAAGAGACGUUGAGCUAAAGCAGUGGCUGCAGACUAUUGGUGGUUUCUGAUUGUCUGCUGCUUUCUGUUCAGCUCCUGAAGUGCUGACACCUUACUGUGAGGCCAUUUGCUUGCAGUCUUCACUUAUAGGAUGGUACGUUGACAAUGUUAUCAGCCUGUUAUGUUUUUACAUACUAAAGGACUGCAGCGCAGAUACUUGCAUUUGAGAGAUUUUUUAGCUACAAGACAAAUAUUGUAAUAAUGUUUGUUUGCUUUCUCUCUGUGAGUCAGAUGAGUCGUUAUGAUGUCUGUAUGACAUUGUGUGCUGAACCCAGAUCUCUGCUGGCUGCUUGUCUGGUACAUAAAUCCUGUAAAAUCUCACUGGGAUACCUGCAUCCCCCUGCCCUCAGUCUUUGUGCUAAGAUAGCUUCAUACUUACUGUGUGUUUGUCUACAUUGUCCCCUCAACAUUAAACAGUUAUUUAAAAAGAAAACAUACUCCCGCUACAUCAUUAUCCCAGUUACAUUUAUCAAUUCUUCUUGGCCUGAAAACGAUUAGUUAAUUCUGUGCACAGACGAGCUGCAUCUUUGUUUUGAAGAUUGACCAGAAGCAACAUUCAUUUAUGGUGCUGUGUAUCACAUCCUGUCAUUUCCAUUACAUGUGUUGUAUUGGUUUAUGUGAUUAAUUUAGUACAUUAAAGUGUGUGGCUAACUGCUGUCAAUUCCUCUGUGGCCUCCCCUCACCACUAUCUUCUCUCGUAAAUCACUGUCUGUCAGAUGCCAUUAAGAGGCUCUUUAGCUGAUCUAUUAGUGCCCCGGUGAUAGUUUAUAGUGGAGCAAGCGGGGGACCAAAAGAAGAAUGGGGGUACUAGAAAGUAGUGUACGGGACAAAGAGUAAAAUAGAGAAAUAAAUAGAGGAACAGAGAAUCAUAAUGCGUGUCAUUGCCAAGAAGUGGACUAAUAAUGGCCAAUUUAUAAACCUCAAACCACACACACAUUUAUCCCGUUGCAGACCCCUCUCAUAACUCACACAUCUCAUUAUUUACCAUUUCUUUACAACAUGUGGAGACUCUAGUGAUUGUAUUUGUGCGGGACAAAGAAGAAGGGUGGUGAUGGUGUGGACAUGGCAACAAAAUAAAUGAUCUUUUUUGUUCUUCUGGCUCGUUCGAGCAAAGCUAACAGAAAGCAAGACGUGGAUUUAUUCAGCUUUAUUUUUGUUUGGCUGACAAACAUGAAGUUGCACUUUAUUGUCGCUGGAUAAUGUCAAUAAAAUAACAUGUUUACUACUGUA